AUGUGUCUGCUAUCCUGUUCGCAUGCUAAUGAUGCCCCUAAGGAGCUCAUCAAGAUCAAAGAACAGCUCCCGCCCGGGAUCACGCUACACAAAGCCGACGACCUGCAGCAGUGGGAAAUGGACAUCCAAGUGCUAGACAACAACCCGCUCUACCUGGGCGAGACGUACAGGCUGCGCUUUACGUUUAGCUCGAAGUAUCCUAUUGAACCACCUGAAGUUCAAUUUAUAACAGAGUUACAAUCACAACCGCAAUCGCAACCCAAUCGUCCAGCCCCACCAUCAACAGCCCCCACACAACCACCUACCUCGCAACAACCGCCGAACUCAACACCAAACCCUAACACGAAACGCCCAAUCCCAAUCCACCCGCACAUUUACAGCAACGGCAUCAUCUGCCUGGAUCUCCUCAGUUCCGCUGGAUGGUCGCCCGUGCAGACGGUCGAAAGCGUCUGCAUGAGCAUACAAAGCAUGCUCACGGCGAACUCGCGCAACGAAAGACCACCUGGCGAUAGCGAGUUCGUGUCGUAUAAUCGGCGUCGACCGCGGGAUAUCAAUUUCAUGUAUGAUGACGAUAACGUUUAG